ACCGUUUAUAUGCAGGUUGGCAGGUAUCCUAUAUCACUACACGCUAGUUCAUGGGCGAUACCAGCCGAGAACAAUGCAACCAUGGUCUCAAAAAGGCCACCGCUGCUUUAUUGUUCCUGUUCCGAUCCGCGCCCCUCUUUAUUCCUUUGUUCUGUUUGCUAUAAUAUAUAAGAUACACAGGGCGUGAGCUAUUUCUCCACACGAUCCUUCCCUCCACCAACGCACUAACAAUGUCUAUAUCCAAGUUAGAUUUCGCCGAACCAACCGACAAGACCCUUAUUUCAGACUAUGUCGCCGCUCAUAAUAUACCUCACACCGUUGCAUUCCAUAGGGGCACCUUUGAUUCGUAUAAUCUGCCUGCAAUCACGAAGCGGCUCUUCCCCGCAACAUCCAAUCCUGUUCCAAUUCCAUUACUUGCCAAUCAUGUUUGGGUAGCACAACUCAACGGAAACUGGAGACUUGAGCGGUACUCCACCGCCGAGACAUUUCCUGACCCGCCUGAAGGUGAUGUCGAAGAGAAUGAUUCGGUUCCUACGUUGGACUAUUACCCGCCUGACGGCCUCCCAGUCAACUCUAGCGUUGACCUGCCCGACGAGGCCCGCAAACUAGAAGAUGGGAGGUCAGAGGUACACGGCGCGCUGGCGGAGCUGAGGACGGCGGUCUCAAAAGCCGCCCUCCUAUACACGCAGGCCAGCCUAGCUCUAGAAGGGGAGAGAGCGAAGACUGCGUCGCUCAUGACGUUUGUUACAAGCAUCUGUGAGAAGGCAUACACGGAGAAGAUCAUGCGGAUAAUGAAUUUGGUAGAUACCAAUGAUGAUGCUAGCGAUCAAGAGAGCGGCGGCGAGUCUGGUGGCAACAUCAAAAGUAGCAGUAAUUUCACCCACAAAAAGAUCCAGCCUUCUCCGUGGUGAGCUGGGAUAAAUAAGGCGCAGUUUGGAGAUCUGGAUUGGGCGACAAAGAUGAAGGGAGCCUCAGACACUUUGAUAGAGGACGUGUACACCGUACUGAUGCCUCCUCCAAAGUAUGUCAUUCGCUCUGUCGUGUCUACGGUGAUAAAUGUCAACA